CGCAGCCAACAAGGGGCCGACGCGGAGGGCGCGGAGGACAACGCGGCGGCAGCCUUGGAGGGCCGAAGAGUGCCCGGAACGCGCCGCAACGCGAUGGGACGCGGGCUGCUCAAGAAGAAGCUGCACGAGUACGUCGACUCCAAGGUCACCCAACGCAUCCGCCCCUUCCUCGAGGUCGGCGAACACCCCGACAUUGGUGACGCCUGCUCCGACUUUGUCGUGCACGAAUCCUCAGACAUCAGCCUCGAGAAUGCCAUCGUCCGCGCCUCCGUCGUCAACGACGCGCUGGUCAACGCGGGCUCGACCCUGCGCCUCGUGCACCUGUCGUCGCGCCGCAUCUACAUGGACAUCCCGUGGGGGAACAUGACCUCGCGAGAAGCCAAGUGGACGCUGCAGGUCGAGGGGCUCAACGCGGUGCUGCUCGUGCAGGAGGCGGACGCGUGGAGCGUCGAGGACCUCAAGGCGGCCAAGGCGGCGGCGGUGGAGAAGGCGGUGGCGGCGCUGGUGGGCAAGCUCAAGGCGCUGCACGCGAAGCCGCGCCGGCGCACGCUGCUCGAGCGAAUCAAGGCGCGCCUCUUCUCGCACGUCAACCUCGCCCUCUCGGUCAAGGGCGUGCACGUGCGGCUCGAGCGGCCGCGAGGCGGCGGCGGCGCGCCUCCCUUCAGCCUCGGCCUCGUCCUCCCGCGCGUCGAGGUGAGCACCAAGGUGGAGAAGGAGUCGGUGGAGACGUCGGUCGAGGUGUGGGAGACGGGCCUGUACUGCCACACUGGAGGAGGGCAGCGAGGCGCCUUCUCCUCCGUCCUCGGCGAC